CAGAAACCAAAAUCUCAUCACUCCCUCUUCUCUCUCUCUUCCACAACCAAACCAACACAGUAUGAAAUCAGAUUCCGUUAAUUUCAGUCUCAAAAAACACUUCAGAUCAGAAAAUGGUGAAGUUAGCAUCAGCUAGGGACUUUCGUACAUAUGGGCCGGGCCUCAGUAGAAACCGCUACGAGUAUAUCAACGCAGGCCUUUAUCUUUUUGCAACCGUCAUCCUUUGUUCGGGUUUCGCGGCCCAGUUUUCCCAUGAACCACGUUCGGGCCUUGUGCUUCUUCUUAUUGCUCUCGCCUUGAUCGUUGUAGUUAAUCUUCAUGACAUCCUCGCUCAUUUUGCUGGUAUUGAUUUUCGAUUAGCUUUGAUGUCCUUUGAUCUUCAACUCUUCUUCGUUGAGUUCGCUGUUCCUGUUGUUCAGAUCAUUGGGACGCUUCUUCUCUUUCUUGGACUUCUAUUCAUUUUAAUUCAGGAAGAGAAAGGAUAUGGGUAUGUGAAAUUGGAAAAGCAUGCUGUGAACAUGCUAGUUGCUGGUCCUGUAUUGUGGGUGGUUGGAUCGAUUCAUAAUUCAUGCCAAAUUUACGAGAGAGCAGAUGGUCAUGUUCAAAUAUUGCAGCAAUUUGUGUAUAUCCCUUUUUUGAUGGGUAGCUUAUCAUUCAUGCUUGGUGCAGUUCUUAAUUAUCGUCAACGAUCUAGAGUGAUUCACCACGGCAUCUACUUGCUUGGUGGAACUUGGAUUUGGCUAGGCAUAUUUGGAAGCCUAAUGUUUUUUAUUGGUGGGUUGACAAAUUUGAUAAAAGUGUUCAAGAUGCAACAAAUGAAUGGAACAAUGAGGUUGGAGAAACUGCGAGGUGGAGCACAAGAGAGGCUCAUAAGUGCUAGAGAAGGAAGGGUUCCCCUGAUUUUGGAUCAUCAUCAUCAUCAUCAACCCAUAAUUAACCGUCCAGAAGAUACCAAAGUUGAUAUAUCCCUUCCUACUCCUUAUAAGGAUGUCCUUAUUGGUCAGACUACAUCAUCAUGAUCAUGAUAUUUUCAGUGUUAAUUAAUUUGUUCACAUCUUAUUAUAAUUCUUCUUAGUUACAACUGUUUUGCUUUACAUAUAUGUUGAUACUAGUAAUUGAGAUUCAAAGUUUCAAAACAAGUAGAUACCUAUUUUCUCUAGCUUUAAAUAUAAAUAAUUGUUUUUUUUUUUA